CUUAAUUAUAAGCCUGGUUGGGGGGGUUACAAAAUCAACUGAAAUGAAAUGCAGAAAAAUUCAGUAAGGAUCUGGACAGCAAAAUUAAUGUUCAAACAACAGUAGCGGGGCAAGAAAGCCGGACGUUCAAUGCGAACACGCGAGCACAAGCACGUGGGUAUAGAGGAGCACGUGGGCAUUGACGUGGGUAUAGACGUGGGCACGCGAUUGCUCAGUGGCCGGAAGUGCCUGCGUGUGGUGCCCAGGCGCAUGCGCUUGGUGUUCCCAGAAGAACGAGCGUCUUCUGACUCAACCGCCUGUAAUUUGCCUUAGAGCCCACGCUUUCUUCAAGCACACACGCUUUGCAAGCUCGUGCCUUCCUCUGCAGUUCGUGGUUUUGUACCUGAACCUGCGUUCUCCUUGGUUCUCCGCCAUCUCCUGGCCUGUACCAGCUGCGCCUGGCCUGUACCAGCUGCGGAGUAGCUGAGACCACUGCAAAGUCUCUGCCAUGUCUUCAGACAACGUUAUCUACAUUACCACAGAAAAUUUGGAGAUGCCUGUAGAUGUUGUAGAACUGCACCAGAUUAAUGUGGAAACGGUUCCUUUGGAGACUAUGGCCGUGCAAACCAUUGAAGUGUACGAGGAUAUUAGCGGUAAUUGGGCCCACGGUGGCCACAACCACCCACUGCUAAUUGCACUUCAGCCUCUGGUCACUCCCACUGCCAGCCACGGAGAACACGAUCAGGAAAUGAUCAUGGUGCAGACCCUAGAGGAGGUGGUGGGUUACUGUGAUGCAGACAACCUGCCAGCCAACAAUGAGCUCGAGGGCGAAGUGGUUGACCCAGUCGGCGGUGAAGAUGUCAGUUUCCAGCAGACCCUAGCAUCUCUUUCUGGCUCCACCAUGUCCUCAGCCUGUGGUCACAGUGGUGGGAAGCACACCAGCCAGAGUGGCAAGCACAGCAGCAAGAAUGCCAGCAGUGAGACCAAGGUAGGAAACGGCAGCUCUGAACUGGGCAGUAAGAAGUGGGAACAGAAGCAGGUGCAGAUGAAAACCCUGGAGGGAGAGUUCUCUGUCACUAUGUGGCCCUCAGUUGACAAAGGAAACCAGGGGACAGAGGUUCAAGGACAGACUGAAAACUCACCUCCUGAUUAUUCUGAGUACAUGACAGGGAAGAAACUUCCUCCCGAAGGAAUACCAGGUAUUGACCUCUCUGAUCCCAAGCAGCUGGCAGAAUUUACCAGAAUGAAGCCAAAAAAACCCAAAGAAGAUGGCCCAAGAAACAUCGCUUGCCCUCAUAAAGGCUGCGUGAAGAUGUUCAGGGAUAAUUCUGCUAUGAGAAAACAUCUGCACACCCACGGUCCCCGAGUCCACGUAUGUGCAGAAUGCGGCAAAGCUUUCGUUGAGAGCUCCAAAUUAAAGCGACAUCAGUUGGUUCACACUGGAGAGAAGCCCUUUCAGUGCACCUUUGAAGGCUGCGGAAAGCGGUUUUCUCUGGAUUUCAACUUGCGCACCCAUGUACGAAUCCACACUGGAGACAGGCCCUAUGUGUGCCCUUUUGAUGGCUGUAAUAAGAAGUUUGCUCAAUCAGCUAACCUGAAGUCGCAUAUCUUAACGCAUACCAAGAACGAGACCAGCCAGUGAAAAAAGAUCCUUCCCCAAUUCGGGAAGUAUCUUCCACUGGUAUGGUUGAGAGUAUGUCUGCCCUUUGUUGUUUGAGGGAAAAAAGGUGUUUUCCAAGAAAAAAGGAAAAUGUAUCCUGAAUAUGCAAGGUCAUGUUUUGAUAGAAUAGUUAAAGUUAAAAUAUUUCUGAAAAAGCAAAUUUUAUGUAGCAUAAUAUUGUUAAAAUGCACUCACUGCCUUGUUCUGUAAUGAUAUUUCUGUGAAGUUUUUUCCCUACAGGAGAAUGAUUGAUGAGCCUGACAUCAAAGGACAGCUUGUUCAAGCUGAGUUAGAGACUUUUGUCAUUCUUAAAAAUAUGAAGUUCACUUAUUGCCUAUAUUUUAAAUUUUUAUUUUCCAAAUGUUCAUCUUUAUACUCUUAGAAAUAUGUUUGGGAAUACUGUUUUGAUUUUUUUUUUUUUGGAGGUGAACAAGUUUGAGUGCAGAGGUUUUCUUUAAAAGAAUGAACAUUUACAUACUUAGGUAUUUUCCUGCUGAAGAAAAGUAACUUUUAUUUGCUGUCUUAAUUUUGGUUUUAUUCUUUGAUGUUAAUACAUUUUGCAUAACUAAGCUGCAUUGAAUUGAAUGACAUUGAACAUUAGAUGAUUUGGUAGUAUUAGUCAGUUUGAGCCUAUUUUGGUCAAUUUUAUUUUCCAAAAAAUAUUACCAAAUGUUAUCAUCCAGUGUGAUUUCUUUGCUUGUUAGAGUAGUGCUCAGAUGGAGAAUAUAUUGUUUGCAUGUUGAUUUUCAACACAUUAUAUACAUCCUGUGUAAUAGAAAAAAGCAAAAAUAAAAUAGCUGUUCUAAAAGAAGGGAAAUAAAGCUUGUCUGUAUAAAUACAGUGUCUAGGAAAUGUAGGAAAAGUGAAGGGUGCUACUGGUGUCUGAUGGGUAUAGGGAUAGAGUACUGCUAAAUGUCCUAUAAUGCAUAGGACAAUCCCCCACGACAAAGAAUUAUCCUGCUGAAAUGCCUGCAGUACCAGUGUUAAGAAACCUGUUCUAGACAGUCAAAGUUGUAACAGUUUUCGUGUGUGCUUAUAGACAAAUCAUUAAUGGAUGAGAAGGUUAGAAAGAAAUUUGUUCCACCAUCCCCAUUGUCACUUAAGCUAUCGUAGACAAAUUCAGAAUCUAGAGGGGUGAUAACGGUACUAGGCUGCAUGCCUGGCAAGAAAUAGGAGACCACCUGUAGAGUCAAGGAAUCUAUGCAGCUGUGUGCCCUUACCUUCAUUCCUUUUGUUCAUGCCUUGUUUCUUUGACU